GGGGGGCGCUGUCUUUGUCAAAAUUCUAAUUCUAAAUACAUUAUAUAUAUAAUAUUCGAGAGUUAAUACUUCACUAGGGUGAAAGAAUAUUUGAAAGUUUCCCAUGCUGAGAGGAUAUGAAAAUAAGAAUUUUAGCGCGAUGGGAGGAACCUAACGUAGGAUAGAAACGACACUACAGCCCUAACGUCGAUAAAACUUCAUAAUUUACAAUUAAGAGACGAAGAAAGUGUUUAUAGGCGUCAAAGAGUGCUUGAAGCUUGCUCAAAUAUCCACACGCCUACGCAGAACAAUUCAAAAAUUCAGACGAAGUAUUGUCUCGAAACUUCAACGUCUUUGUAUCAUUCCUAACUUCAGUGUUCGGAAAAUGCCUUUGGUCGUCGAUCCUGCGUUUCAUGGAGUAAAAGAGAAGCCAGAUGGAAUACAUAUAUGGCGGAUCGAGCAAAUGCAAGUGGUUGCUCUCGACAAGAAUGAAUACGGACAUUUUCAUACGGGAGAUUCGUACAUCUUACUUUACAAAAACAAAAGAUCCAAGGAAUACAACGUUCAUUUUUGGCUUGGAAAAACCACAUCGAGGGAUGAAGCUGGUACAGCAGCAAUCAAAGCAGUAGAGCUGGAUGACUGUCUCAGUGGAAUUCCUGUACAAUAUAGAGAGGUUCAAGAGCACGAAAGCAAGAAGUUUCUAUCUUACUUUAAAAAUGGCAUCCAGUAUCUGAAAGGUGGCGUCGCAACCGGCUUCAAAAAUGUCGAGAAGGAAAACAUUCAAAGGUUAUUGCAAAUCAAAGGUGGAUUUCACCCACGAGUUUAUACAGUGCCUUGUGAAGCGUCUUCAAUGAAUGAUGGCGAUUGUUUUAUCUUGGAUCUCGGUGGAGAACUGAUUAUGUGGUCUGGAGAACAUGCGAACCGUAGAGAGAGAAUCAAGGCAAGUGAAGUGAUGAGGCAGAUUAGAGAUGAAGAACGUGGAGGCAGAAGUGGUCUCUUUUUUGUCGAAUCUGGCGAAGAUUCACAAACGUCCCAUAAGUUCUUUGAAAUCGUGGGUAGCCCUCAAGAUGUGAAAGACGCCAGUGAAGGAGGAAGCGACACAAAAACACAAAACGCGCCGAUUUCUUUGUACAGAGUUACAGACUCGACAAGAGAUGGUAAAGUUGUCAUGGAGAAGGUAGCAAAUGCGCCACUCGAGCAAAAAAUGCUCGAUGCAAAGGAUUGUUUCAUUGUGGAUGCUGCUGAAAACGGAGUGUUUAUCUGGGUUGGAAAGCAAGCAAGCAUUGUCGAAAGAAGAAGUGCCAUGCUAAAGGCGGAAGGUUAUAUCACAGCUAAAUCCCUUCCUCAAUGGACACCCGUGACGCGAGUGAUUGAAGGAGCUGAGACGGUGUUAUUCAAAGCGGCGUUUUCCAAAUGGAAUUACGAAGUGCCAAAAAACGCUCUUAGCCCCGGCGCAACGUCUGGUCGAGGAAUCGCCAGCAGCGUCGUCAAUAAGUUCGACGUCAGCGCCAUGCAUAAAAGCGCCCGUGAGGAAGCUUCCAUGCCCGAUGAUGCUCGGGGUUCUAUUCAAAUAUGGAGGGUGGAAGAUUACGAGCUGGUCGACUGGCCAAAAGACAGAUAUGGAAUAUUCUUUCAAGGAGACAGUUACGUCAUUUUGUACACAUACGGGAAGUUAAACGACAGAUACAUUAUCUACUACUGGCUGGGUCUUGACAGUACUCAAGAUGAGCAAGGUGCCGCGGCAUUACUUACUACGAAACUUGAUGACAAAUUUGAAGGCCAGCCCGUGCAGCAACGUGUUGUACAAGGUCAAGAACCCGAACAUUUCCUGCGCAUACUCAAAGGGAAUAUGAUAGUGAAACGUGGUGGAAGAUCUAAGGGGGCAGCGACCGUAAAUGAAGCAGAAGAACAAGGAGGAACUGUUCAUUUGUACAAAGUACGCGGCACAAAUAACUGGAAUGUACGAUGCAUCCAGGUCGACCUGACCGCUACAUCACUCAACAGUAACGAUGCAUUCAUUCUUGUCAACCCGCGUGGAUCCUACGUGUGGUGCGGAAAACGCGCGAGUGGUGACGAGCGAGAGUUUGCCAAAGAAGCCACGAAAAUGAUCUCGGAAUCGGCAAAGCGAUAUGAGCUCGUGAUGGAAGGGCAAGAACCGCAAGCAUUCUGGGAUGCCUUGGGCGGGAAGAAAGAAUACGUGUCAUCUCCCAAAGAUGAUUCGACGAUGGACGAUAGACCACCACGACUUUUUCAUUGCUCAAACGAUAAAGGAUACUUUUAUGCGGAGGAGGUGUUUGAUUUUACCCAAAGUGAUCUCGAGGAAGAUGACGUGAUGAUAAUGGACACAUUUAGAAAUGUCUACUUGUGGCUUGGCAAAGAUUGCAAUGAGACUGAGAAAAAAGAAGGCUUACUUACUUUGCAGAAAUACGUGAAUAGUUGUAAUGACGGUCGUGAUGCUAACAAAGUGAACUUGCUAGUGGUGAAACAAGGUCACGAGCCGAUUGGAUUUACCGGUUGGUUCCCAUCGUGGGACUCCGAGAAAGCCACGCAUGGCAAAAGCUUCGAGCAACUUAAACAAGAGCUCAGUGGAUCUGGAGUGACGAGCGUUGACGACGCUUUGAAGAUUUAUAACAAAAAAUACUCCCUCGAAGAACUCAAGAGAAAUCCACCACCUGAAGGAGUAGAUCCUUGUCAUAAGGAGCGUUUUCUAAGCAAUGAAGAAUUCCAACGUGUGUUCAAGAUGACGAUUGAAGCUUUUAAUAAGCUAUCACUAUGGAAACAAGGACAGGCGAAAAAAAGCGUCGGUAUAUUUUGACUGUCUGACAGUAGAGAAAAAUUGUUGAGUAGUUUAAUGUUGUCAAUGUACAUGCGCGGUUAUUGGUGUUAGCAAUUCGGACUGUGUAAUGUGGUUGAAUGUUUACACUAUUUUAGACUUCACUUGGCCUGAUAUGUUUGUCUAUAAUCUCUAGACAGCUAUUUAUAGAUCGUUUCGAGCAACAA